UGCGCUACACCCUGGCAUGCGCAAUUUCUUGCGGAAAAGGUCUGCGCUUUAGGCGAAGCUAUCGCUCGCGUUUGUGUGUGCGUGACGGUCUCGUUCUCUCGUUCUAACAGCUAACUGCUUACCUGCUUUGCACACACUCUCCCUAGCAUACCUCCCUCCUCUCCUUCCUCUACCUCCUCUCCCUCCUCUGCCUCCUCUCCCCCAUAUGUAAUGACUUGUGAAUCCGUCUGUGGUCGGGAAGGUAUUUCUGAAUGCAUGUGGUUGUGAUCUCAGCACAGGGGGGCGAGGGAGGGAGGAGGGAUCAAGAAGAAGGACGGCGAUGGAGGGGCCGACAAGAAAGUAUUCGGCUAGGCGCACUCGCAGGACAUGGGGCGUUUGCUACUUAAUGGUGGUUAUGGCCAUCGUCAUUUUCGUGGCUGCAGAGGUCGGGCUUUUCCCUAGCAGCGGGGCCAAGGCCGAUGAAGCUGAUGCUGGUCGUCUGGCUGAUACCGGUAGUGGUGGUGAAGGCGGUGAAGAGGGUGCAACCGAGCCAGGCGGAGUCGCAGCCACGUGGACUAAAGGCAAUUCCCGCAACGCUUUGACAGCUAGGAGGGAGAAAUGUGUACAGGAUUUGGCUAUGGACUCGACGGGGGCCUGCACCGGGUCACUUAUUGAUCUGGAGAACUGCGUGCUGAAGUGCAUGGCGCCGAAGUGCUACGGCGAGAUCUAUGGUCGGGAUCCCUUGGAAGAAGGAGAGAUAGACGUCAGGGGGAGGAGAUUUAGGAGGUGCGCUCGCGCGUAUAUCAGGCAGCUCCGAGCUCAGCACCUCGCGUUGGCGAAGGCGCAGCAGCAGCAGCAGCAGCAAAGGAAACCGUUUUCCGAGGGGGAGGAGGAGGAGGAGCAGGAGGAGGAGGAGGAGGAAGAGGAGGAGGAAGAGGAGGGGGAAGUGGAGGGGGAAGUGGAGGUCAUUGGGGUCUGAUUCCCCUCAUCUGGUUGUUAAUCAUAACCAUCGUUGUGUACAUAUAUUCGUUCUAAGCUUUAGGGUUGCAGCCAGCCGUAACCUGAUGAUGUUCGUCGUCAAGCGAUUCGUUCGUUCGUGUUCGUACGUACGUACUUUUUUUUUUUUUUUUUUUUUUUGAACUUCAAUUCUUUUUCCGACUGUAGUAGUAGUAGUAGUAGUAGUAAAUUUGCGUCGCCGUCUUUUUUUUUUUUUUUUUUUUUCCUGAAGAGUUUCGAGGAGCGAGCGAUCGCGCCUAUUUUGUGGAAUCUCCUCAACUCAGAUGAACUUUCGUGGUGAACUCUCCGAGAGUGACGAGAGGGAGAGGGGGAGGGAGAGGGGGAGGGGGCGGGGGAGAUUGAUUCGGUUGGGGGCCGCAAGGGAGCGGAGGAGGGAAGGGAAGGGAAGGGGUUAUGUGGUUGUUGUUGUCCGGGCCGCCCCUAAACUACUGUUGAAAUGCAGACCUGAGUUCUAAUUUCACUGGAAGCAGAUGAGUAAAAAAAAUGGUACAAUCCUGAUGUACCGACUGCGGGUCAGUUCAACGAUGACACAUCAAGGCCACCAUUUUUUUGGCCCUGCAGAGAAAAAAAAAUACAUGCGAAGUAAAAUUUGUACGGGUCG